AUGAAUAAGAAACAUAAUUUAAGGAAUCGUAUUGUAUUUUCAGAAAUUUCAACCAAUAUCUCCAUUAAUAGGAAUGAUAUUCGUAAUUUCUUUCCCACUUAUAACCCAACCGUUGCUGAAUCAUUGGAAAAAUUUUUUCAAACAUAUAAUCCUCGACUAGUAACUCAACUCGACUUUUAUAUUUGGCGUGUGUGUAAUAACUUGGAGGUCGAAUUUUUUGGCAAAGAUUACACUUUAUUUGCCAAUGGAAUAAAUAGGGUACGUCAACAAGAAAAGUGGACAAAUGAGGAUAUAAAAGCCAGUAAAGAGAAUCCACGUGGAUUUGUUAAAUGGUGUGAACAAGAACUCGCAACGACAUUAGAAAAAAAGAAGCUUCAUCCAAAUAUAAGUGACGAGAUAGUUGGCGGCGAUAUUCAUCAUAGAAACGUAUUCAAAAAAUAUGUUUUCUUACAAAAUAAUACAUCUGAAUGGAUUAUUACCAAUAACGAAGGGAUCGAUGUAGAUAUUGGCAAUUCAUUUGCCAAGACUAUAAAGUGGAAUAAAAUUAAAACAUUAAAUUACGAUCAUCCUAUUUUAUCAUAUAUAGUUGAUUUUACUGAACUCCAAGAAGAACUUCUUGAGCUUAUCGGACCAAAAAUUUACGAAAAAAUAGCAUGUAUCCCUAAUAGAUAUACUAUAGAUCUUCCAGUAAAUUUUAGAAAUUUAUUUCAAAAACUUUAUUGUGAUCAAAAAAGAUGGCAAUAUGAUAAUUUUGGGAAAAUAAAUGAUAAUGAUAGAAAACAGCCCUUCUAUAUUUUCAUGCGAGAUGUUUGCAAGCAUAUAUUUUCUUUGUGGGAUGAAGAUAUUAAAGAAACACAUUGCUUAGAAGGCACAUGGAGUCGAUUAGUUUUAGAUUCUAUAUUAAAUAGCAUUACUGAAUCAAGUUCGCUUGCAUCUGCUUUUAGAAAAGUAACUUAUGCAAGAAAACCAGAUUUCUGGCUUCUUGUGGAAUCUGCUGGAACUAUCCAGGAAAUUUUAUUUGAAGAAACUUCUGGUGGUCCUUUUGUAAAUGAUACUGAUAAGUUUCAUACUGAUCGAUACAAGCUUUUCCGAUUUGGACACGACUCUAAAAUAAUGAUGGUAACAAAGUUGAUUUCAGAAAAUGCCAAAUAUUUAUUCGAUUAUAAUAUAUUACAAAAACGACUAUGUGACAUAAAUUUAUUUCUUAUUCAAGCAUAUAGUACAAAGCUUAGAGUCUUCAUUAUGGAUCAGCCAGGGCCUCCAUUAUGCAGAGUUCGUGAGGUCUUCGAUCUCAAAAUUCCUUACAAAUCAGUGGAUGAAGAUUCAGUACUUCAAUUCAUUCACAGCUUAUGGAUGAUAAGACUAGGUCUAGAAGAAUCAGUAAAUGAGCUAGAAAAUAUUGGUAGAGAAAUUCAAGUAAAAUAUCAAGGUCCUUUGAAGAAUUUUAUUGUACCGGUGCCUAAUUUAGAAUACUUAACCUUUCCAUCUCCUUAG